AUGGAUCAAAUUCAUCACCAUCGUCUACCAGUACUAGUAAAAAACAACAGACCUCACCAUUCAUUGAAAAUUCAACGAAAUCUGAAGAAUGACUCAUGCAGGAAAGAGAAAUCACUCCAUCCACAACCGAGUUUUCCUCAAGCUGAAGCAGGAUUUCAUAUUCCCACAAUACUUCGAAAAAAAUUAUUUUAUUAUUUCAAUUUUUCCUAUGAUUCAGACUAUAUAGGAUGGAUGGCUUUGAGUGUUUCGAUGACAGUGAUGUUCAAGAAGAAGAUUUUAAAGGAUUUUUUUAUGGAUGCUAUAUUUUGCUGUCCCUCAACCCAAAGUUCCGUGGCAAAACCUAUAUAG